GAUUUUGUGAAAAAUAAACUUUUUAAUUGUGAUUACAGAUUACAUUGAAUGAGUCAGUUCAGUCAAUAGCACAGAAACGAGACUGGAAACCUGUGUUUUUUGAUGAAGACAGUGAUCCAUUAGUUGUUCCAUCAUUGGUUGAUUUGAAGUGGAUAGUCAAUGAGAGUCCAGAUAAAAGAAUCAGGGGACGAUCUGAAAUCCGACCGAUCAAGUCAAAGCGAAGCAAACGGAAACGCAGACCCAGACCCAGUAAUAUCAUCCUCCCAGCAUUAGCAAGCACGCCAAUACCCGAACACGACAUGCAUGUGGUCACUAAUUGUUCAAUAAACAGCAGUCCGGCUUUGGACGAAUCUGCUAUUAAUUUGUCUUCUUCUACAAGCGUCAAUGUAUCUUCCGUCAGUUCUGAUCCAGGUGCACUACAGAAGAUCAACGUUUUGGAGGAGGAGUUGGCAAAACUACGAGCUCAAAUUGCACUUAUUAUAACUGUACAGGCACAGCAACCAGCCACCCCAAUGACUCCUUGUGGAAUUCCUACAUUGUCAGCCACCUGUAUGGACACUCCACCAUUGACACCACAGAGCGGAGUGGCAGCUCCACCGCCCCCACCUCCUCCUCCACCACCACCACCACUUCCACUGACACAGUCACGCUUAGUACCAAAAAAGAACAAAGCUUGCAAUCCAGAGAAGAGGAGCAGACCUGCACCCAGUGUUCCCAGUAUGGGUGAUUUAUUAAAAGGCCUGGGCUCUGUUAAGCUUAGAUCUACUGCCAGGUCCCCUGGUGGCACACCACUCAGAAGGGCACCUAAACCAGCUGACAACAAUGACCCAGCAUCACUUAUAGCACAGGCACUUCGAAAAAAGUUUGCUCAUCGGCGUGCGAUGGAAAGUCCUGAUAAGGAAAACAGUGUAGGAUCAACCCCAUCUCCCAAAUCAAGUCCAAUGUUUUCAAAAAACAGUCCAAUAAAGUUUGGUCCGCAUCUCUUGAAGCCAGUGUCUCAUCAUGCCUCCGAUAGACAGCGUACAACACCACUCGCUGAAGUUAACAUUUAGUGUACCUUUCCUGGUCAUUACUGUCUUCUUUUACACUUGCGGACACUGCUUUUUGUUUGUUCGUUAUUUUAAAAAAUAUUUUGUUUUUUAUUCUAUUGUUAAUGUCUCAUACUGUGUUUCUUUAUCUGUAAAUAAAAAAUUAAGGCUUUUUGAA